AAAAGAAUUUUUAAAUUUUUUGAAAUUUGAAAUUCGAAAAUACUCGUCAUUUCUCACUGAGUUUUCACAAUACAAUACUCCAAAUUCAUCGUUUUGUGGUGGCCAUAGGCCAUAGGCCAUAGCUCCACAUCCACCGUUACUCCCACUAAUCCUCCUUUUUAUUCCCCAUAAUUACGCCUCCAACCUGAAUUCUUCUUACCGUUGCUCUUAUCGGAAUUUCCUUAAAAUUCAAUGGCAAAUCAUGACGUGCCCAGUGCCCUCCCUGGUUUUAAGCCCACCACAGCCAAAACUCUGAAACCCUCCCCCGAUCCAGCCGCAAUUUGGCGGAAUUUCUGCUACAUAUAAUUAUCGAAAACAAAAACAAAAAUCCCAUAAAUUGAAAUUGAGAACCCUAUACUCCAAUCUUCGGUGUCUGCCCAAAAAGAUUUCCUUUUUUUUUUCAAAAUUAAAGUUAGGGUUUUGAGGGAAGAAAGAAAAUGAAAGCUUCAUUGAAAUUUCGCGAAGAGAAAAGGCCAGUGUUGAGAGCGAAAAUACCUCUAAGCAUUGUAGGCUUGCCGUUUCAAUCAGGAAUCGUCGCCGGCGAAUCCAAGGAACUCACUUUAAAUCUUUCUACAUUCUUCGAAUCUGGACCGUCCAUCAAGAUCGCCUACCGUCCUAAUAACACGUGGAAUCCGUUCUCUCUUAUCGUCAAGACUGGAACCGGACCGUUCGGUUCUCCCAUCUCCAGCUCUAUGCUUAUGAGCGCUGAGUUUAACCUCCUUGGCCGUGGAAACCCUAGCUUUAUGCUUCACUUCAAGCCUCAGUUUGGGGAUUUCUCGAUCAAGAAGUCGCAGUCUUCGGUUUUUGAUAAAGUCGUGAAGCCGAAGACUGGCGCCGUGUUGGAUGUCGAUUCAUCGAUUGAUGUGGUGGAUUCGCCGGCUUUUAACGGUGGCUCCGCGGAGUUCUUUGCUGAGAAGAGGAAACUAGCGGCUUUAAAUUCGGGAGAUAUCGCGGGGAUUCUGUCCGGAGUGGAGGUAGCGGCGAGGACGGCAGUGCCGGUGAAGGGAAAGGCGUUGGUGAAAUUCCGGUGGGGAAUGAAGAUUCCGUCGGAGAUGAAGAGUGGCGUCGACGGAAUGGGAGAUCCUACUGCUGGGAUUUCGUUUAGGAAGAUUCCGUUUUUGAUGAUGGAUAAGAUCGGGAUCGAACACGUGGACACUUCUGACUCAAAGGGGGCUACAGCCACAGCCAGCAAGGCGGUUCCAAAGGUGGGUACGAAUGCUGACAUGGCGGAAGCAUUUUGUACAGUCAAGCGUCAGUUAGAAGCUUUGCAAGCUGAGAAUGGGUUGUUGAAGCGAGCCGUGGAGGAUCUCAGGCUAGAAAUCUCCGGCGCGAAAUUCGGAGAUAUGCAUUCUGGGAAAUACAGAGAAACUGAAAGAAAUGGGAUUAGUAAAUCGAAUAUAGAGAGAAGAAACAAUAAGAAGAAUCCGAUAGAAGGGGAUGUGAAUGAGGAGUUGAAGAAGGCAUUGAAAGAAGCUACUGGUGCUUGAGUCUGUCGAAAUUGAAUGAAAGCUCUGGUUUGUAUCUUUAUUGAGCCAUUUAUGUUUGGAUUAGUAAUUGUACUAAGUAAUCAAUCUUGUGAGUUUUGUUUAGAUUGUCUGAAAUUUGCUAGCAUUAUUAAACUAGGGGGGUGUGAUUAGGCAAUAAUUCGAUUGUAAAUUUCUUAAUUGAUAGGUUUAUUUGGUUUCUCCUGCGUUCAAAAUGCAUUUUUACUCUUCCAUCAUUAAACACCAAUUGCCCUAAGGGUCCUUUUUCCAGACGAUGGGGAGGACAGGGAUGCCUUCCGUGUCAGUUGGACGCAUUAAGAAGUUUACUGUUACGUUUUCUUUAUCUUCAUCUGGAACAAUAAGCAAUGCAGGUUUCCCUCGCACUGUGCAUGACAUUAGUUUCAUGUUUUUCAAAGAGAUGAA